GCACAUUAGCCCUGAAGCAGAAAUCAUUUAUAGUAAAAGUGUCGGCGUUUGUUUACGUCAUAAUUAAGCGCUUCGACACACGAGGAAAAGCGAAGGGAUACACUCGCUACGUUUGGUGUUUUUCUUCAACUUUAGGAAAUGGGGAAACAGAAAACCAAGAAAUAUGCUGCAAUGAAGCGAAUGAUUAGCCUAAAAGAUAAAAGAAUAAAAGAAAAGGAUCGGGCCAAAUCAAAUGAGAAAAAGAAGAAAGAUCCUUCUGCGCUUAAGGAGAGAGAAGUACCCAAGUACCCAUCAUGCCUGUUCUUCCAGUACAAUACGCAGCUUGGCCCACCAUACCACGUACUGGUCGACACUAACUUCAUCAACUUUUCCAUCAAGGCUAAGUUGGAUGUUUUUCAGUCCAUGAUGGAUUGCCUUUAUGCCAAAUGCAUCCCAUACAUUACAGACUGUGUGAUGGCUGAGAUUGAAAAGCUGGGAUUGAAGUACAGAGUUGCGCUCAGAAUAGCCAAGGACCCCAGGUUUGAGCGCCUACCGUGUACACACAAAGGAACAUAUGCUGAUGACUGCUUGGUUCAACGGGUAACCCAGCAUAAGUGCUACAUCCUGGCUACAGUGGACAGAGACCUAAAAAGGCGAGUCAGGAAGAUCCCUGGAGUUCCCAUCAUGUACAUUUCAAACCAUCGGUAUAAUAUUGAACGAAUGCCAGACGACUACGGCGCUCCGAGGUUUUGAGUGAUCUACAACUCAGCUGAACAUUUACUAGAAAUGAUUUAAAAUUUCCUUUUGAAUAUUGUUCUCUCUCGAUGUAUAAUAAAGAUAUUUUCAGGGUUUUGAAGUUUGAUUUUGCUAGGCUGUGAUCUAGUAUAAAUAAGAUGGUUUAAAGUUUUCCUCUGGUACACAUUUUUUGUGUUAAUAAAUGUUUGAAAUACUAAAA